CUCUAAAGUCUAUUCCAGUUGACUGUAGAGCGAGUAUUGCCGACACAGACAAAAGUACCCCCUUGAAAUGUACUUUAUUGUUGAUCUGUAACAAUCAAUUUCCCAAUUCAAAUCUCCAUUGAUGAACAUGAACAAAGCAUCAGUUUCCAUUAAAAAUGUAAAGUAACAGGUGGUAACCGUAUCACCAUCAUUAAAUUCACUCAAUGGGUAACUCCCAUUUCCACUCUCAACCUCAAUCUUCCUCUUCGAUGGCGAUCACUUUGCCCUAUUCCCAUGUCGAUUCCUGUUUACGCGCUCUUGCUGGUCAAGCUCAGGGAUUUGGUCGUCAUGCCAUUGGUGGCUAUCAUGGUCCCCUUUUUCACGUUACUUCUCUUGCUGAUGAUGGACCUGGGUCGCUUAGAGAAGCUUGCCGGAAAAAGGAACCACUCUGGAUUGUCUUUGAAGUGUCGGGCACUAUUCAUCUCAACUCUUACCUGAGUGUAUCUUCUUAUAAAACAAUUGAUGGUCGUGGGAAAAAAAUUAAAUUCACAGGGAAAGGGCUAAGGCUUAAAGAAUGUGAGCAUGUGAUCAUAUGCAAUCUAGAGUUUGAAGGUGGACGAGGCCAUGAUGUGGAUGGUAUUCAAAUCAAGCCUAAUUCUAAGCAUAUAUGGAUUGAUCGCUGCACCUUGCGUGACUAUGAUGAUGGUCUCAUUGAUAUCACCAGGCAAAGCACUGAUAUCACUAUAUCCAGGUGUCAUUUUGCCCAGCAUGACAAAACAAUGCUCAUUGGGGCGGAUCCAACCCACGUUGAUGAUAGAUGCAUUCGGGUCACAAUUCACCAUUGUUUUUUCGAUGGCACCCGACAAAGGCAUCCUCGUGUGAGAUUUGGGAAAGUUCAUCUGUUCAAUAACUAUACCAGGGAUUGGGGUAUUUAUGCUGUCUGUGCCAGUGUAGAAUCUCAGAUAUAUUCUCAGUGCAACAUUUAUGAAGCUGGAAAGAAGAAAACAACUUUUAUGUACUACACAGAGAAGGCUGCUGAUAAAGAACAAGAGGCAACUGGGAGGAUAAUAUCCGAAGGAGACCUAUUUCUUAAUGAAGCUCAACAAGGAGUAAAGCCAUUAAGCAGUGAAGAGUGUGUGUUUCAUCCUAGUGAGUUUUACAAUGACUGGACAUUGGAACCACCUACUGAAUCACUUAAACAUAUACUCCAGCAUUGUUCGGGAUGGCAGGACAUUCCUUGCUUACCCGAAACACUCCCUCUCCAACAAUAGAAACUCCUACAAGUCGUACGGUACCAUAGCCAAUAUUUUUCGAUAUAUAUAAUAUAUUACUAGUGUAUAACAGUAAUUUAUGAUAAUAAUUUACAAUAUAUAUAGAUGGUCCAUUGUUUAUAGUCCUAUUAGGAGUAUGUAAUAGGAGUAUUCUGAGUGUUCCUCUGAAAAAGCACCAUUUGAGUCAUAUGUUGCUUUCUCGUAAGGACAGAUGGAGUAAUAAUAAGGGAGUUGUUGCUACUGGAGUUGAUUCACCAUUUUUUUUUUUUAAAAAUAGCAGUGAAAUAUUUCAUAGAAGAAAACAAUAAUGUCAAUUAAAUUUUAAGAGUAUUUGAACAUUUGUUGCCGUAGUUUCGUAUAUUGUUUGUAAUUUUAUUCGUAUGAUGAGUUUUUCUA